GACAUUGAAUAUUCUGACAGAUAACAUAACCUACAAUUUUGCAAAGCAAACAUCUAGAAAAGUGUUAUUACUUAUUACUAAUUCAAGAGCUCAAUUCAAAUAAGUAUUACUUAUAUUAUUUCAGUUAUGAACUGAUAUCUAAGGGAUAUCGUGAUUAAAUUUAUUUUUCACAAUGACGUUCUGCGCUGGUGUGAACCCAAAGGUUUUCAGUGCUAUUCAAAAUGUAGAUAUGAACGAAUUAGCAAAAUGUACGGAACAAGAAAUUCGACCUGUACUGCCUUGCUUAGUGAGGAUGGGGCUCAUAUCACCUUUAGAUACUUCUAAAAAGUGUACUAAUAUGAAAAUCGAUAUUUUAACAAUAGUUUCUGGAAUGGAAUUAGUGAAUUCUAUUGUUGCACUAUUAUCAAUCGAUUUCCACAAAUUAGAAGUGGAUGUACGGAAAGAACAGCAGUUGAGACAAAAAGGAAAUACGUGUCUCAAUGAUUCCAUUCUCAUCGGUAACCUCAUCAAUACUAGUAUGGCUUUGGAGUAUGAAAGAAGUGAUAUGACUAGACGUCUGAGUAUAUUAUUAGGAGAAUUAUUAUACAUUCAAACCCACAUACAGGAAUCUUUGGACAGUAAUAAUGAAAACGAUAAUUAUAUAAAAGCUUCUGAUUUAUUUGACAAUGAUAUUUUCUCAGAGGAAUUGUCAGAUAUUAUUUGUAUUGCCUUGGCGGAGCUGCCUACGACUUUAAACAUUAUAAAUAUAAUUGAGAUUCUACUUCAUGUGCACAAUGGUUAUGCUAUCAUAUGUAGAAUAGUAGCUAAUUUUCCAGAUAGUUUCAAAGAAGUUAGUACAUUCUUGAUACAAUCUGGUGAGAAACAAGAAGAAAGUAUUAGUAGCCUGGCAAGAGCCAGUGCUAUAUCUCUUCUUUGUACAAUGAAUCCAUCACAAGCAUUGACAGUACGUAACAAAUGUGUCGAGUUAUGUCGUAUGCCAGCUCUAGCUAUCACUUUGUCCCUUGAGCAUUGUAAUAAAAAUCCAGAUAGUGAUGACAGUGAUAUAGUAGCAUUUAUUUCUGGAUUAUUAUUAGGAAAUGAUCAGUCAAUAAGAAAUUGGAUUGCUUUAUUUAUACGUACUGGCCAAAAACGUAAAGGUGAAGUACCAAGUAAUGCUCUACAACAACUGAGAGAUGAACUUUUACAUAGGCUGCAAGUAAUAUUGGACGCUUCAAUGGAAAGUCAUCUACCAGACAAUAUGAUUGUCCAGGCUUCUGCUUUGCUUAGACUUUACUGCGCAUUGAGAGGAAUUGCUGCAAUUAAGUUCCAAGAUGAAGAAGUUAAUUUGAUAAUUAAAUUGUUGACCUCUCAUCCAAGUCCAACACCUGCUGGUGUGAGGUUUGUGUCCAUUGGUCUCUGCAUGCUGAUAGCUUGCCCUUCUUUGAUAUCGCUUCAAGAACAUGAGAGAAAAAGUAUUGAAUGGGUUCAAUGGUUGGUGAAGGAAGAAGCCUAUUUUGAGUCUGCCAGUGGAGUAACAGCCUCUUUUGGGGAGAUGUUACUCCUCAUGGCAAUACAUUUCCAUAGUAAUCAACUAAGUGCCAUCUGCGACUUGGUCUGUGCAACCCUUGGUAUGAAAAUUCCUAUUAGACAUAACAAUAUGACAAGAAUGAAACAAGUAUUCACUCAAGAAAUCUUCACUGAGCAGGUUGUCACAGCACAUGCAAUAAAAGUACCUGUCACAAAUAACUUAAAUGCUAACAUGACUGGAUUUUUGCCAAUACACUGUAUACACCAAUUAUUGAAAUCCAGGGCAUUUGCCAAGCAUAAUGUAAACAUUAAAAAUUGGAUAUACAGACAGAUUUGUACAAGCAUCAGUCCUCUGCACUCUGUUUUACCACUUCUUGUUGAAGUGUUUGUUAAUAGCAUAAUUGUACCAACCAACAAGAAUACAGAACAUACUAACAAACCUCUCACAGAAAAUGAAAUCCGUAAAGUAUUUCAAAGUUCCAUCUUUGGUCAGUAUUUUGACCAAAAAAAGUCAAUAUUCACAAUGGACUUUGAUAAUAGUAUAGAAGAUAAAAACGUAGUUGUGGAUAAUACAAGUCUAACUCCUCAGCUUCUAUUACUUUAUUAUUUAUUGUUGUAUGAAGAUUGCAGACUGAAUAAUGCUCAAGUACUGGCUGUACAUAAUAGAAAGGUGAAAAUUUAUAGUUCUGAGUUUAUGUCAGAAUUACCUAUCAAGUAUCUUCUUCAUCAUGCCCAGAAGGAUCAAAGUUCUUAUUCUGUGUUGUUUGGACCCCUUCUGAAGCUGCUGGCUACACAUUUUCCACAUUUAGCACUUGUAGAAGAUUGGUUAGAUGACAUGUCAAUGACCAUAGAUAGCAGACCUGAACAUAUCUCGGAGAUGAAUCUAAUCGAGGCAUUCAACAAUAUUGAAGAGAACUCAUAUAAGAUAACCUCUGUCUUUCAAACCCUUCUUAAACAUGAGCCAAUAGAUAUUUGGCCUUUCGCUGAAAUUUUCACUUUUUAUGCUAGAAAAAUUCUAGGAGAUAAAGUACCUAGGUUCAUUCAAGACCUAUAUAAAGAUAUUUGGUUAAGGAUGAACACAGUAUUGCCACGUAGAUUAUGGGUUUUAACAGUUAAGAAUUUAGUUGAUGACUUUUCUAGUUUAACCAGGAUUGAUGUAGCCGAAGACCCCUUACAGAUACUUCGAUGCGAUGAACGUAUAUUUAGAUGUGCUCCUUUGUAUGCCAUUGUCCUUAGGGUUCUCAGAGCCAGUUUAGCUUCUUCAAGAAGCCAACUUUUGCAACAUCUUCAAGCCAAUCCAAAAUUGGAUUCCAAUGGACAAGUUGUGGUAGAGCCAGAUCGAGAAAGCAUUUGUAAAGCAACUAUUGAUGCACAGGAAAGUGCUGCAGUCCAGAUGCUGUUAGAGUCUUGUUUGGAAACAGAACAAGAUACAAAUGUUCCUGGUCAACAGUGGGCUCUCCAAGAAGUUCGUUCGUUAGUUUGCAGUUAUAUUCAUCAGGUUUUCAUAGCUGAUGCUGGUUUAGCAACUUUGGUUCAUUUUCAGGGUUAUCCCUGUGAGCUCCUGGCAGUAACGGUAAAGGGUAUUCCUUCAAUGCACAUUUGUGCUGAUUUUAUAGUCGAACUGAUGCAACAGCCAAGUCUCAAGAAACAGAUAUUUGCCAUCCAAUUGCUGUCGCAUCUCUCCGUUCAGUAUGCUCUACCCAAAAAUCUGAACAACUGUGUCACAGCUUUGAAUCUUCUGUAUGCUCUUUUGGGUGGACUUUCUUGUGGACAAAGGAUCAAACUAUUCACUCCAAUCCUUCCUGUCCUUGUAAGGAUAAGCGAAGCUUUCCCGCCUCUGGUACCUGACAUAAUGAAUCUUCUUAUGCAGCUAGCCAAAACCUCGGAAUCACAGGCUUCCUUGGCUUCACAUUUUGACGCUCACUUGGGUAAAAGUCUCGAAAUAUCGGCACAAGACAGUCGGGAGCUUUGCGAUUUGAUUCAGAAAACAUUCUCCCAAAUCUUGGAUAGAGCAGUUUUGAAACCGGAUGUGUACAAACCAAACAAUUUUUUGUUAUAGGAAGUUUCUUAUUUUGAUAUGAAAAUUGUCAAUAAAUGGUUGUUUUUCAUUUAA